AUGAGAGCCGUUACAUCUUUCUAUCUGUGGACUCUAAUAUUCAUACACACAGUACGGUGUGCCAUUGAGUUUUUAGCACGAGAGGAGGGAGAUGUGGUAGUAUUCCCCUGCCUGGUGAAUCAGAACACAGCCACACCCAUUGGAGUCUACCUGAAGCGCUCCUGGCUGCGGCGUUCCAACAUUCUUUUCCAGUAUGAGCGCUCAGAGGUUAGUGUUCUGGACAACAAAUACCUCAACAGGACCAGUACGAGCGGAGACCCCAACAUCCGUGCAGUCAAUGUGACCAUCUCAGGUCUGCGGCCCUCAGACACUGAUCUCUACACCUGCGAGUUCAACCUGGAUAACCCCCAUUCAGAAGACCAGAUCCAACACGGGAACACACAGUUUUUCCUCUUCGUAAGAGGUGUCCUGGAUGUUGACAGAGACUGGGUUACCACUUGUGUUGGGGGCUCAGCCCUGCUGCCCUGUGCCCCUCCUGCUGGGGACAGCUCUGCUGUGGAAGGGGUCGUUCUGAAGAGGCAGAGGGGGAAGCAGCCUCUGGAGCUCUUGUACCACUCCAAGCACACUUCAGGGCCAUCGCAGUUCUCUGCGGACAGGGUCCAACUGAGCACUGCCCCUGGACCAGGGGGCAUCAGCUACACCCUGACUGUGGGAGGGCUGCAGCCAGAGGACAGUGGGCUCUACAGCUGUCAGCUGCUGCAGAGUGAGCGGCCUCACAGCCCUUCCAUGGGCCCACAGGGGCUCUAUGUGAUUGUGCAAGGUGACCAGUGUGGUUGCACCACUUACUCCGCUCUCAUAUACGCCCUGUCUGCAGCGGUGGCCGUCGCCUCAGUCCUGCUCGUGGUGGCAGUGCUCAUGCACAGAGGUAACCGUCCACGUGCAAAGAAGACACACGUCCAAGCUCCAAUCUAUGAGGAGAUGUCUGGUCUUCAGUCCAAGAACCCCAAACGGUCCAGAUGCGCUACAGAGGAGGCCCCAUCCGAGUACAGGAACAUUUCCCUGAAAGAGUCUUGCCCUGAAAACCACUAUGAGAGUCCCAAUAGAGAAUCUAUGUUUUGA